AUGUCUUCUAUUGCUACAAACUCGCUUGAGCAACUAGCCAGAAUAUUAAGUCCUGAAUCAAAUGCUUCAGUCUUAGAAAAGACUUCAGCUCUUCAAACAUUCUCUGCCACUUUAAAUGACAACUUGACUUUGACACGCUCGUUGGAAAUACUAAAUACAGUUCCUCUUGAAUUGUUUUAUCUUGGAUUCUCUGUUGAAGACGAGCGACUGACAACUGUAUUAUGUGAAGUCAUCAACAAGAUCUUAUUUCCUUUUAGUUUUGAACACGUUGUGUCUGAAGAAAACAAAGUAAGCCAUAUUCGAUACUUGUCACUUCAACAAGUAUCUAAAUGUCUUGUAUCCGACGCUUCUGUAGCGAUGAUGGUGCAGUCUGAUCUGUUUCCAUUGACAGUAGCUACGAUCGCUUUUCAGGAUACAAGAACAGCAAACAAAGCAUGUGAAUUGCUGUUCAAGAUGUCAAGCAUACCUUCAGGACAAGAAGCACUUUUCGGUGCCACUUGUGUAGCCAUGUUGAAGCAAUUACUCCAAGUGAAUGAAACGAUUCGCUUUCGAAUCUAUGAUCUAUUGAUUAAAGUAGCCAGUUGUUCAGACAGCAAUUUCGAACAAUGCGAAUCUUCGGGUUUGUUGACUGUGUUUGUCAAGGAACUUCAGUCCGACGAUUUAUUGGUCAAGAUCAAUGCAAUUGAACUCUUAAAUAAUAUUGCAACUACUCCUGCUGGGCUGUCCUUUUUAGAGAAAGCAAACUUGUUGGACACUAUUGUAACAGUGUUGGAUAAUACAGAUGAUACAGAUGUUGUUGUUCAACUCAUUGUUACUAUUUCUGCUAUUGGCCUUUUAGGAUCACAUUCAAGUGGUCUCAAGUUGGUUUAUCACCAAUCUUCGCUUGUUCAAAAACUACUUGAGAUUUAUAGUAGAUCAGUAAGUCAAUUGAAGGCUGUCUGUCUUCAAAGUAUUUCCAAAUUACUUUCUGUCAGUGGUGAUGACAUUGAAGAUUUGACAUUGAGUAUCUAUCAACGCAUGGAAGGUAAAUCGAUUUUGAUUAGAGAAGCAAAGCAACCUGAAGAAAGCCUUUGUAUUGCUGCUUUUGCUGUUAUGCAAGCCAUUGCAUCACAUAUCUGGGGUAGUCAGUCUUGGAAGUAUGCUAUUAUUCAAACCAUGGCAGCAAUACCUGAUGCAUCACGUAUCUUUGGUCAUUAUUAUCCUCAAAUUCAAGUUUAUGUUCGUCAAGGUGCUUUUUACCGCGUUAUUGAGCCUGCUGCUGCUGUUGAAAAUAACUAG